GAGCUUUCACCGUUAUUCCUCCCCCCCCCCUCUGCCCCCACCACAGAGGGUGUUAAAAAUCUUCCCGUGAACUAGAUUUCUUCAAGAAAAGUAACAGAGAUUUGCUCCUCUGCCUCUUUUGAUACCAGGAUUACAUCAUUAACAGAACUCCAAGCGGCCAGCAGUGAGCUUUUGAGUCAUUUCAGUUUAUCUUUUUUUUUUUUUUUUUUUUUUUUUUAACCUAUACAUCGUGAGGCGUAGUCGUGGCAGGGAUUGGUUAAUACGGCGACAGCUGACACACGGGCUCAUAAAAGUGCUCCUUUGCUUCCUGCCCCCCGAUUCAUUAAAUCUCCGCACAAUGAAGAAUUCAAAACACACCAGGAGAAGACACACAGCUCUUCGGCACCAAUGCCUUCUGAUGUGCUAAGCCCUGAUGGAUCGCUGAACGCUAUGGUGCAAGAUGACGAGAGUGGACUCACCUCCUGCUACGAGGACCCGGACCAGCCCCAGGACCCCCAGGACAUGGUGGUGCCCCUCCACCCAGAGAUGCCGACGGAUGCUGCGCCCACGGGCAGCAACAGGACCCGAAGAUGCCCAAGCAAAGUGUGCACAGCCAGAGGACAGUGUGUCCUGGCUGGAACUGUGAUCCUGAUGCUCAUUUUUGCCAUUGCUGGGCUAUCAGCUGUGCACAGGCAGAAGGCAGCCCCGGUGCUGGCGUGCCCUUACGAAUGGGUUGGGUACCGCAACGUCUGCUACUACCUGUCGGGGCAGCAGAAGCUAGGCAGCUGGAAUUGGAGCCAGGAGCAGUGCACAACACAUGGGGCCUCGCUGGCCAUGGUGAUGAGGGACUGGGAAUUGAACUUUCUGAGACAACUCAAAGACAGCGCGGAUUCCUGGCUUGGGCUGCGGAGACGGGGUGAGCGCCUGCUGUGGGUGGAUGGCAGCAGCUUCAAGGAGACGUUCACAGUGCAGGGCGGCGCAGAGUGCGUCUACUUGAAUGGCGAGGACGUGGCGACUUCAAGCUGUUGGCAGAGCCGGCCUUAUAUCUGCAGCAAGGCUCUGGCUGUGGGGGCAGCUCCUGAGAAUGGUGGCGGAGAAACGACCUUCCCCGUGCUGGACACUGGCGGCUCCUCUCAUUGAUGAAGGAUGAUGCUCUCCAGCAAUCCUUUAAAGGGUUUGUGUCCCUGGUUUUGAGGUCAGAACCGAAGGUCGAUGACUAAGGGGCAAACUGUGAGAUGCAAGAGGUGCUGGCUAACAUCAGAGCUGAACAAGACCCAAACCUUAUGGACCAGACCUGGUGCUGCUGUUUUCCACAGCAUCUGGAAGAGCAUCGACAACACCGCACUUUGUUGUGCCCCUUGGCACUUGUCAUUAUUUAUAUAUGAGCUAAAUGAUUUUUCAAGGUCCCUUCCAAUUCCUAACAUUGUGUUAUUCUGUGAAAU